CCUUAAACCAUCAAGUGUUCCCUCUACAACUCUAACCAUGCAGCAUGCCUUCAUCGAGACGCGGUCAUGGGCGCGGGCGCUGUGGUCGUUCCGGUGCAUCUUCCUCUUCAACUUCACGCUCUUUUGCGCCGCCGUGGGGUUUGCACUCAACAUGGUGCUGCUGUGUCCAGAGAGUCCCAUCAUGUACGGCCCCGACAUGGGCAAGGAGCACGCGAUCUUUGGGAAGCAGCAUGCCAACGUCGUGACGUUGAAUGUUGGUGGUCGCGUUAUCCAAACCACCCGAGCCACGUUGCUGAAACACGACGGGUCGUACUUCGAUGCGAUGCUCACGUCUGGCCUGUGGCAGCCCGAUGCGCAAGGAGGGGCGUACUUCAUUGACUUGGACCCAGGGUACUUCGACCGCAUCCUAAACUAUUUGCGGUUUGGAGACUUGGUGCUUGAAGGGCUGGCCGAUUCGGAAACGAUCCUCGUGAUUCGCAUGAUGCAAUACUUGAGCUUAGAUCCUCCUAGUGCGUUGGGAUUGCUAUGGGACCCGUCGCUUCGAGGCCACCUCUCUCUGUCCAACCAGUGCCGCACCAUCACAGCAGCCAGCUUCUCGCAGUUUGCGGCCUUAGGGAUGCAAUCCACCCGCGUGUUUAGCCUUCUCAUCGACGAAAUUACGUUUAUCUUAGACAAGCCGUCGUUUCGAGUCGGAUUUGCCAAUCGGGAUGGCUUCGAGUCCGAAACCACAUCCGCCGAGUCAACCCUCUGCGUGGUUGGUUGGCGUUCAAAUCAACCGAGGUUUUGAGGCGCCCCCCAAAGGUGUCAUCUUUGCCCAAGUCGGCGAUAUCGUGAUCGUCCGUUAUAAUCCACAAGCUCAACGGCUCGAUGUCCAUAAACACGGAGACAUUCGACAUGCGGUGCAAAUGCGCAUGGCACUGACAGCCGACGAGGACGGACCGUAUCCUUGCGUGGUCUUCAUGGCGGCCCAGACGAUGAAGUCGCAAGUUACGUUUGUCGAAACGCCACCAGUCUAUAGGUGAUUGCUGUAUUUGACAGUUCAAAUAGCUCGAUGUGAUUGGCUGGGAUAUGAAACCCCCAAACGAAUCCGACCAAUGAAAAGCGACACAAGUGCCUUCCGAUAGCACAUUUGAAAAAUGCUUGUAUUAUUAAGGAUUUUUGCUCGUGAAAUGGACACCCUUAAUUUCCAAAGCGUUUCAAGGCAGCAUCGGCCAUAAGCUGGCGUUUGUGGUUAUGGACACACGUCGUGGAACAGUACAAGUACGUGAGUCGCGAGAACGGUUGUGUUCCCGACGGCUGGCCACACGCCGCGCACGCCGACUCUUUGGCACGUCGGGCGGCGGCGUCGGCAGCAGCUGCCUCUUGGACUCGCUUUGCCUCGGCCUCCACGGCCUUCGUCUCCUUCUUCCGCUCGGCCGCGCGCUUCUUCUUCUCCUUCGCUUUCGCCUUUUGGGCGUCUUCCAUCUCGUCCGUUAGCGCGUCUGGAACCUUGGCCACGACAUAAUCCCAUCGGUCCGGCGCGUCGGCGCGGAAUCGACGAAACACAUUGCGCAUCUCUUUCGACGUGGUCAGCACAUACGGCACCCGCUGGCGGUCGUCCAGCGCGCACGGACUCGCGCCAUGCUGCAACAGCACCUCGGUGGCCGCGAUCUGGUUGAGCUGGACGGCGACGUGGAGGGCGGUGCGUGCCGAGCCGUCCGUGUGCUGUGCGUUCACGUCGACGUUUGCAAGGAGCGCCGUCAACGAGGCAACUUCCCCGCUUUCCACUGCUUGGAUGAGUUCUGGUGUCGGGGGUGGGGGUGGAAGGGGAACGUUCUCGGAAGGUUCUUCUUCGUCGGCGGGGGAAGGGGCGGCGUCGGGUACGUGUUUUGGGCGACGGUGUGUAACCGAAGCGGAGAUGGGUUUUGGUUUGGCUUCAAACUCGGACGCGCGAUACGGCGAAAAGUGCACACUGCCCAGCACCGCUCGGACACGGCAUACCUAUCCAACGACCUUGUCACAUAUUUCCCCUUGCAGUGUCACAUGGUCUCGCAAGAAGAAAAACCAAACUACCUCGUCGUAGGUUGGUCGGAGCGUCCCAAACGGUACCAGGCGCAGCCGAGGGUCGGCAGCAGAGAGCCCCGUCUUGUCAAAGAAGUGGCCGCGAGACGUCUUGGCAGACCCAAGAAAGAUACGGUCGCAUCCACGAAGUUCCGUGGCCCAUGACUGCAUCAGGUCGACCAUGUCUUGCUGUAGCGCUACCUCGUUGUACCGACGCAGCUGCGCGCCAGCCGACUUGGCCUUCCCAGAGGAAGCGUCGUGCGCAGACUGCGAUCCGCCUUGCUUGCGUCGUGUCGUGUAGCGUUGAAAGGCCUUGUGCACGAGCACCUUGUCUUUCCGAAACACAGCACCCGCGAAUCGACCUGCUCGGAAGAGCAGCACCGCCCACUGGAACGUCGAGGAUGGCUGGGUGAGCGCCUGAAGCAUGUCCAUGGAGGCCACCCAAGGGCCUUUGAUCUUGUCGCUCCACGUUGAAAAUGCCGCGUUAUACACCUUGUACACGACGGUGGAAUCGGUGAACGCUUGCAACGGUUCCUUCGCGGUCAAAACGUUGGUUUCAUCGUCGUCGUCGUCGUCGCUGCUCAACGAGAUGUCCAAGGGGUGGGGAGCGUCGUCUUCGGUUUCGUUGCCGGCGUCGACGGAUCGGCGACGUCGGGCCUGCGACGAAGCAAGGAACGCACUAAAGUCGUCUUCGCUCACACAUUCCAGACCUUUCGACUUGCGCUUGAGGUUGUACACAUGGAAAUCGCUCUUGAAGUGAGCUUGUUGGGACUUGACGUCGGAGAACUCCAAGCGGCACGUUCCACACGUGAGUCCUCGCACGUCUGGGUUUCCAACGGGGACGACCGCGUCGGCGCUGGCUGUGGCGGAUGCACCUCCGUGAACAACUUCUGUGGAAGAAGUGUCUUCAUUUGCAAGUUUCUGUUCUCCAUACACAGGGCGCCACUUGGCCAAAUCGGUCGCGGUCACUUGCCAUAAAGGUAUCCUUCCGUACUGCUUUUGCAUCUUAG